GUGUGGCCCUUCCCGGACGCCGUCGUGCGCGCGCCCGCCCGCCCGCCGCCCAGUCCAGCGGCGAUCUGUCUUCGGGAACAUGGCCGGCUCCGAAGCUGAGUGGGUAACCAUUGCCAAUAACCUUCUUUUUAAAUGUCACAUACACCUAAGGAUACACAAACUUGAAGAUUGUGAUGCUAAUGUAUUUAUUGCUCUUUAUCAAUCCAUCCUGGGAGAAAAGGUACCAGACCUCAUAGCUAUUCCCAAAAGUCAAGAGGAUGAUGCCCACAAUGUACAAGCUGUGAUUGAUUCUCUGGCAUUGGAUUACCUUCAGGUCAGCUUGUCUCACAUAACAGGAGAAAACAUAGUGAAAGGAGAUAAAGAAUCUAUCAAGAAUCUCCUAGAAAUAUUUGAUGGCUUGCUGGAGUAUCUUACCGAACACAUCAGUGAAGCAUCUCAAAAAAGUGAAACGGAACAAUAUUUUAAAGAACCCCAUCAAGGAGAACAUAUGGAAGAGCUAGAAAGUUCUAUGGAAUCUAAAUUACCAUGGAAAAGAGUUGCUGUUGGAAGGUAUUCCCUCCCAUCUGACAAGUUGGGCCCCAGUUGGGAUGGAGAUGAAGCCGAAUCUACUGGUGAAAUAAUUAGACUUGGAGAAACAGCACAUACCUUUACUCUAAGAAGCAAUGGUGCCCAUAUUUCUACUGACAUGUCUAGAAAAUCCUUGGCCUCACCAAGCUCUAGAAAAUCCUUGGCUUCACCAAGUUUUAAGUCACAUGAUGGUGUGUUGAGCCCUCCCUCCUUUAGUUUUCUACCCAAGGACAAGACAGCCUUUGAUGCAGACACAGACGCCUCUCCUGUGAGUACGAUUCCCAGUGCUAGGAAGCUGGGGGAGCCUAUCCGAGCAGCUAUUCCUUUACAUCCACCCUACCACCCUCCAGAGCCGCGAGCACCCUGCCCCAUAGGAAGAGAUUACCUUAGCCUAAGCUACUACUCUUCCCCUGUCACAAAUUCUACUGGAGAGCGCACAUUUCUUGUGGAACCCAAGGAUGACGUUCUCUUAGCUUCAAAGUUGCCUAAACCUGGUGAACAGGAAACGUGUGCUGCUCAGGUCCAAAGCCCUAAGACAAGGAAAUUUGCCAAGGGGAAAAGAAAUGAAAACAGAGUUGCAGCGUCCACACAGGAUGUGCCGAGAAAGAGGUUAACAGAACAAGAACUACACACAGUAUCACAGAAAGUGUCCCAACGGCUCUCUGAACUAGACCAGAUGUUAAGAAAUGCCCUGGGUGAUCGAAUUAAACACAAGCCUGACAGUGACGAAGAUGGCAUUGGGAAGGAAGAGGAGGGCAGCGGAAGCGAGGAGGAGGUCCUGUCGCAGCACAGUGAUAGCAUCAUGGAGUAUGGGCCAAAGAAGCCCCGGCCAGGAAUUUUUGUGCAUAGAAAGCCACCUUACAGAUCCCAUUCUCUGUCUCCAUCUCCAACCCAUAAACCCAAACAGUUCCAGACUAACAGAAGAAGGCAGCUCAAGGCGAAAGGAGCAGAUACCCGCCAGCUCCAAGCAAAGACAUUAACGGACGCGUUUGAAAGAGUGCUAAGAAAAAAUAAAGUUCAAGAGAAUAUCAGACCUCAGGGGAUAAGUGAAGAGGAGGAGGAAACAAAAAAAAUAUACAGAGAAGCUGUUCAUAAAGGAAUUCCAAAAUAUAGUCAGCCUUGGAAGAUUUAUGCCAGAAAAACCAAAGCUCAGAGUCCAAGACGUGGCUUCCCAAAGUCAAAUAAAGCGACUCCAAUGAAAGUGAAGGAACACAGCCUCCUCCCCCUCAUGCUGGAGCAGUUUCCCUUUCUGUAUGUUUCUGACCCAACACUGAGCAAAAUGUGGAAACAGCAAAUCACACACACUGAACUGCUCAAAAAAGAGGCCUAUGGAGAAGACCGAUCCAAGAAGAAACUCCACGAUGAAAUAGAAGAAUCCCUGAGAAGGCAUGACCUCCUUACAGACCUGGUGAAGAAAGAAUAUGAACAUAACAGAAGACUGCAAGACUUCAAGGAUUGCAUUCACAGACAGAGGCUGACCCAAUCCAAGAUAAAAGAAAAUCGUCAGCAAAUUGUUCGCGCUCGGAAAUACUAUGAUGACUACAGAGUUCAGCUGCGGGGGAAAAUGCUGAGAAUGAGAACCCGUGAGGAAAUGCUAUUUAAGAAACUGUUUGAAGAAGGCUUACAGAUUCAGAAGCAAAGGUUGAGAGACCUAAGAAACUAUGCAAAAGAAAAACGAGACGAAGAAAAGAGACAGCACCAGAACGAACUGGACUCAUUAGAGAACUACUAUAAGGACCAGUUUUCACUACUGGCAGAAGCCAUAUCACAGGAACGGCAGGCACUGAAGGCCAGAGAGAAAUCCCAGGCCCAGACGUUACAUAAGGUGAAGAGGGAGCUGAGAUCGAAGAUGGAGAAGGAAAUCCAGCAACUACAGUGCAUGAUAACGCAAAACGACGAGGAUGCUUUCUUCCGGGAACUUGAAGCUGAGCGCUUCAAGGCUCGGCUGCAGCUGGCUUCUUUUCAGUACAGUAAAAAUCCCUUUCCCUGAGGCCAGGCGAAGUCUCUGGAGACCUUUACUAGGACAGUGCUAAAACUGAGCCAGUAAACAAUGUACACUGAAAGAAUAAUUUUUAAUGCCUUAUGUAUUCAUUCCGGUACUUAUUAUUUUUUAAAUAAAAACCACUUUUUCAAAGCUUCCUGCUUUUAAAUUUAUGACCUAAGCCAGAAAAAGACCAAAAGCAAAAGCAUAUUCUUUAUAAUCUUAUUUGUACUAAAGCAAUUAACAAGUUUUGAAUGAACAUCUAGCUUCCUGAAGCCUAUUGCUAUAAUUCAACAUAAGAUAGUGUAUAUUAAAAAUAAACACCUAA